CCUCCCGUCAGUGCCUGGUGUGUGGUGAAAUGUGUGUGUGUGUGUGUGUGUGUGUGUGUGUGUGUGUGUGUGUGUAUGUGCUCUGCCUAUUCUCUAAAUAACCUGUCGAUCCAGUCAAGCUAACGCUCAGUCUCAGGAGGCAGCAGGCUCGGCACUUCCUCUGCUAUUCACUUCUUCCUCUUUCUCCUGAAUUUCAUCUGAACCGAGGCUUCAACUCAAACACUAGUGAUCCAAGGAAAAACCAAAACAGGACGAAAGGAGAGAGAGUGGAAACUCUCGGCUGACUCUGCCCCAGUGGAAGGAGUAUGGACUGACUGCAUGUGUCCCCCUGCCUCAUCGAAGCGUGUGUGUGCGUCUUGAAUGCGUCCAGCUGAAAGGAAGUCAUGUCAGCGACACACACCUGGGCCUGUCUGCUCCUCUGGAUCUCCUUCGCCACGCAGGACAAAACCCCAGAUGCGACCGUGACGUGCUUUGUCUCGGAGGAGUGCGUGCUGCCCUGCAGCUUCCCGCCCGGCAGCGAGGAGACCGUGGAGUGGUUCAGACAGGACGUGGUGGUCUACAAGUUUGAGCGGGAAGACGACGAAGACGACGAAGACGAAGAUGACGAUGACGACAGCAAGAGCAGCAGCGAGGAGCACUUUGACUACAAGCAGCUCUCCGGGCGUGCAUCAGUGUUUCCACACCUGAUUUCCCGUGGAAACGCCACCCUGGUCCUCCGGAGUGGGGACCUGAAGGACAGAGGCACGUACAGGUGUCACGUGCGCACAUCGAACGGCGAACACGACGCCAAAGUUAUCCUGAAGGUGGAAGCACCCAUCCGAGGUCUGACUCUGGAGCUGUCGAGGCUGAGCGGCUACGAGGAGAUGAAGUGCAGCGUCCGUAAUGUCUUCCCGCCUCCUCGUGUAACCUGGGCGACUGAACCGCCCACUUUCGAGGACCUCCGCCUGGUCACCCGCAUGCUGGCCAAAUACAGGACUGUACACGGUGGAGCAGUCGCCCGCUGCUGGAACGGACAUCCUGACCUCAUCUACAUUCGUAAGUCACACACCACGGGGUCCGGCCUGACCACCUCACUCAGAGAAAGAGAAAUAAGAGGGACUCAAGGGAGGGAUCUGACCAUCCCCUGCUCCGCCCCUUUCUACCUGAACCACCCCUCCCUGGAGUGGAGCUUCUCCGGCGGCGAGGACCCCUCCCACAUCCUCACCUACGACAGUCGGUCAGGGCACAGCGUCGCCACGGCGCCGUGGAGCAGCCACGUGGAGCUGGACGGCUUCAGGGUCCCGUUCGGGGACGGCUCUCUGCGACUCAUGGACCCCAAGCACUCGGAGCACACGGGCAGCUACACCCGCAGGCCCUCCUCGCCGGUACAACACGCACGAGGAGCGCCGACGUCAUCAAAUGACGGUCCUGACGCUGAGCGGAACACAUCAGACGAGCCGUCUUACUGGUGGAUUCUGGGCCUGGUGAUAGCGGGACUCAUCGUGGCUCUGGCAGCCAUGUUAGCGUUCCUGAAGCUCAGAGGUAAAGACGGACUCCAGGGGAUGUGGACAGACAGACACAGGAAGAAAACAGCUUGA